GGACUCGCUGCUCUCGCAGGACGAGGAGGACGAGGCCGAUGUGAGGCGGGCACAGGAGGACGCGCGGAGGCUCCCGGCGCCCCUGGCCUGGCCCCGCUCCCGGGGCUGGUCCCGCUCCAAAUCCGCAUCGCUCGGUGUCAUCGCCAGUGUCCCCGGCGAGGAGGCUGCCGAAAUUCCCCCGUUCGCCUCCCAGCAGAGCCUGGUCAGCGGCGCCGGGAGCCGCGAGCGGCUGGCGGGGGAGGCGGGGACCCCCCCGGGCCGGGAAGGGACCCCCCUGGACAGGACCCUCAGCUUCAUCCGCAGGAUGACCGGGAAGACAAAGGGCAAGGACAAGGAGAGGAUGAAGGAGGGGAAGGAGAAGGACGCGCGUUACACCAACGGGCACCUCUUCACCACCAUCUCCGUGUCCGGCAUGACCAUGUGCUUCGCCUGCAACAAGAGCAUCACGGCCAAGGAAGCGCUCGUGUGUCCCACCUGCAACGUCACCAUCCACAACCGCUGCAAGGACACCCUGCCCAACUGCACCAAGGUGAAGCAGAAGCAGCAGAAGGCGGCGCUGCUGAAGAACAGCUCAGCCCUGCAGUCGGUGUCCCUGCGCAACAAGAAUGCCAUCCGGGAGCGCCCCAAUUCCGCAAUCUACCCCUCGGAGAGUUUCCGGCAGACGCUGCUGGGGCCCCGCCGCGGCCGCCCCUCCUUGUCCCUCUCCAAGAGCGUCUCCACCACCAACAUCUCGGGGACGUUCAACGAUGACUCUCCCCUGGGCAUCCGGCGGAUCCUGUCCCAAUCCACGGAUUCCCUCAACAUGCGCAACCGGACGCUCUCCGUGGAGUCGCUGAUCGACGAAGGCCCUGACGUCAUCCUGAGCCAGCUGCUGAGCGAUUUGGAGGCGGAUGGGAAGGAGUUCGAGGCGGAUUCCUGGAGCCUGGCGGUGGAUAACAGCUUCCUGCAGCAGCACCGCAUGGACGUCAUGAAGCGGCAGGAUGUCAUCUACGAGCUGAUGCAGACGGAGCUGCACCACGUGCGGACGCUGAAGAUCAUGGGCGCCCUGUUCCGCAGGGCGAUGCUGGAGGAGCUGCAGCUGGACCCUGGCACCGUCCAGCGCAUCUUCCCCUGCCUCGACGAGCUCAGCCACAUCCACGAGCGCUUCCUGGCCCAGCUCCUGGAGCGGCGCCGGGAAUCGCUGGCCCAGGACAGCAACAAGAACUUCGUCAUCGACCGCCUCGGUGACAUCCUCGUCACCCAGUUCUCUGGCCCGAGCGCGGAGCAGCUGCGCAAAGCCUACGCCGAGUUCUGCAGCAAGCACACCAAGGCGCUCAAGGAGUACAAGGACCUGCUGGCCCGGGACAAGCGCUUCCAGCAGUUCAUCCGGCGGGUGACGCGGUCCCCGCUCCUGCGCCGCCACGGCGUCCCCGAGUGCAUCCUGCUGGUGACGCAGCGCAUCACCAAGUACCCGGUGCUCAUCGAGCGCAUCCUCAAGAACUCCAAAGACAACGAGGGGGACUGCGCCGACCUGUCGCGGGCGCUGCGCUUGGUGAAGGAGCUGCUCUCGGCCGUGGACGAGGAGGUUCACGCCUGGGAGCUCCGCGGGCGCCUCUGGGAUGUUUUCCGGCGUGUGGAUCCCCGCGCCAAGGUGCCGCUGCUCUGGGACAGCCGCCCCGGCGCCUUCGGCAGGGACGAGCUGCUCCGCAGGAAGCUGGUGCACAGCGGGGGGAUGCUCUGGAAAACGGCGGCCGGGCGCUUCAAAGAUGUCCUGGUGCUGCUGAUGACGGAUGUGCUCGUGUUCCUGCAAGAGAAGGACCAGAAAUACACCUUCCCCAUGCUGGACAAGCCAGCCGUCAUCUCCCUGCAAAACCUGAUCGUGCGGGACAUCGCCAACCAGGAGAAGGGGAUGUUCCUGAUCAGCGCGGCCCCGCCCGAGAUGUACGAGGUGCACGCGGCUUCCCGGGACGACCGCAACCACUGGAUGAAGGUCAUCCAGCAGGCCGUCAGCCUCUGUCCAAGCCGCCAGGAUUUUCCCCUGAUUGAGACGGAGACUGAAGCGUCCUUGAGGAAGCUGAAAGAGCGGAUGGAGCAGCACGACCGUCAGAUCGCGGCGCUGCUGGAGGACAAGGUCGGGAUUUUUGCGGACAUGCUGGCGCUGGGCAGCGGCUGCUCCGAGCCCCCCCCGGCCCCCCGUGGGACCCCCUUUCCUGGGGACCCCGGCCGGGGCCCCCGCGGGGACGUGCUGCUGCACGACGCCAUCCGGGAAGUGGAGUGCCUGAAGGAGAUUUUCACGGGAUGCAGCCGGGAUCGGGACCAGAACCAGAACCAGAACCAGAACCAGAACAAUCCCCCCGAGGCUGAGAGCUGCCCCAGCCCCAGUGCCAGCAACGGAGACUCCGGCAGCAUCAACGGCUCCUUGGAAUUCCGGGCGGAUCCGGACUCCGGGCAGCGGGACGGGAAUGGGAACCAGGUCCCGCCGAGGGGAUCCCAGGAGGAGAUCAACCAGCGCCUGGUGAACCUGUACGGGCUCCUGCUGCGGCUGCAGGUCCAGCUGACCCAUCAGGAGGUGCUGCUGGAGCUGCAGCUGCCGGAGGGGCUGCAGCGGCCGCGGCCCCGCCGGGGGUCGCAGCCGGCCGUGCCGGUGAGCGGGGGCUCGGAGCCGGGUCCCGGGGCGGAGCUGGCGCUGCUGCAGCGGCAGCACGGGCUGGUGCAGGAGGAGCUGAGCCGCUGCCGGCAGCUGUGCCAGGAGCGGGCGCAGGAGGCGGCGGCGCUGGAGUCGCGGCUGCGGGACAGCGAGCGGGAGCGGUCCCGGCUGGAGCGGGAGCUGCAGGAGGCGCGGGGGGCUCCGGCCGGGCCGCGGGGCCGGAGAGCGGCCGAGCCCCGGCGCAGGAGCCUCCCGGCCGGGGACGCGCUGUACCUGAGCUUCACCCCCCCGCAGCUGAGCCACCCCAGCUCCCCCGGCGGCCUCCCGUUCCACGCCCCCGCCUUCCCCGGCCCCCGAGAUGAGCUGGAAUUCCGGGGCGCCGAUCCCGAGCGGCUGCGGGAGGGCGAGGACACCCUGGACGUGCUCCUGGAGGACGAGGGGGGCUUGGGGAGCCGCCACUCCCCCCCCGCCAGCCCCCGAGAUUUCCUGAGGAUGCAGGAUAUUCCCGAGGAGGCAGAGAACAGCCAGGAGCUGAAGGAGGGCGAUGGGGACAGUUAGGGACCCCCGCAGCCCCCUCAGCACCCCACAAUUCCCCCCAGGACGCGCCGGGGGCUGGAUCCAGCUGUGGGGAGCGAUGGGAAAGGCGGGAUGGGGACGCUGCUAUUCCCACGGGAGCCUUAUGGGAACGGGGGGGGGUCCAGUGGCCCCCUCCCCUGCUCCAGCCCAGGGGGGGCGGGGGUGACAUCGCGUUCCUCCUCUUCCUGCUGGGAUUUAUUUAUUUAUUUGGAUGUUUUGGGGUGCGGGAGGUGGCCCCGGGGAGGGGGGGAACCUCCCGUUCCUGGGUCAGCGGUGACAGUGACCCCCUCCCCGGUGUCGGGGGCUGCCCAAGGGUGGGGCGGGGAGGGCCGGGGUCCCCGCGGAUUAACUGUAAAAAACAAAAACAAAGGACAAGAAAAAAAAAAAAAAAAGAAAAAUAUAAAACAUUUGGAAAA